CAACAAUUGCAGUACAAAAUGUCAUCUCCAGCAAUAAUUGAAACAGUGUGGAAUGCAACGACAAAAUGCAUCAUCAUUGAGGAUGUUAAUUCGGUGAGUGCCUCUCCCGAACUAACGCCGAAUAGCGACACAAAAAAACAUAAGAUCAACACCACCACCACCACCAUUCAAGAAACGCAUGGUUAGCUUUCAGAGAGAGUUGACACUAGGUAUACCUGCUCAACCUAGCUGUCGGAGAGACUUGAAGCUUAAUAUACCCCCUCAUCCCAUGACGCUAGAUGGGGUGGUUCAUUUUCAUCUGACUUUGGAAGAUGCAGCGCGUCCAUCUGGAUGUAUCGUCAAUCCGAUUCAACCUGAAUGGCCACAAAUGCUCAAGAUUUCGAACGGGUCCUGCUUGCAGGAAAUAUUCAUAUACACGCAGGGAGAUCACGUUGUAAUUCGAACAUUUAAACUUAAACUUAUCGUUGUGAACAAGGUGAAGCGGGUAGGCUGUAUGCCUUACAGCUCGAAGUUUUCACGACUACCUCGACAGGAGUUUGACUACAUGAUCACCUGCUGCACAGAAAGAGGAAUUCGGGAGUAUAUGCGUGCCAUUCAAGAUGAUUUGGCCGUUCCAAACCAGGCACUGGCUACACCUUUGAAUGCACAGCAUCACCUAGGACUGGGAUACGAGUUCAAAGUGCAUUCUGAUAUAAACCUUUUCGAAGUAACAUCGACUUACCACGACCGGGUAAAACAAAAAUUUACCCAACUUUGGUCAGUGUACCUCAAUUUCGAGGAGAUGGAGGAUGUAUUGAAAAACAUACACAGUCUUAUUCCUCCCUUAGCUAUAGAGGACAUGAAUUGUAUAGCCACGUUACAUGGUGAUCAUAUGAACCAGGAGGGUAUGUGGGCUUGUAACGUGUACCAAUAUCUCUCUCCAUGUGAUAACCUGCUUGACAAUUAGAUACACUUUUUAUCUUUAAAUUGUGUUGUACUAGCUAAAGCAUUCAUUGCAGGCAACAUAAUUACAUCAAUGGGAAAUCACACAAAACAUUUCUCUGUCUAUUGUUAUUUUGUAUUCAAUUUUUAAUAAAUGAUUCAAUUAUUAUCCCAUCGAACGAAGUUCGGAGGGAUAUAGGGAACGCCUCCGUCCGUCCGUCCGUCCGUACGUCCGUCCGUCCAUCCUUCCAUACGUCAGUCCGUCCGUCUGUCCGUCCGUCCGGGUGAUAACUCAAAUACUGUUGGCCCGAUUUUGUUCAUAUUUUGUACAAAUAUGCCCUAUGGCGAUAGAAGUUCUACUCGAAAGCCGAUUUUCAAAAUGGCCACUCGUUUCAAAAUGGCGGCCAUUUCAAUGCCGAUUUUACAGUAAUUUAGGUACAAUAUAUAAAACUGUAAUAGCAAUGUGUUUUAAAUGUAAAGAAGUUAUAAAGGACAUAAUAAAGCUAGAAAUGUAGAUAUUUAAGAAACACACGGCAGCCAACUUGUAAAAUGGCGGCCCUUACACGCUAUUUACGAUUUUUGCUGUAACUUGAAAAGUAGUGGAGCGAUUGUGUUCAUAUUUGAUAUUUGAAUACUCAUAAGCAUGGCACACUGUCUAAUGAUACUUUGGGUAGUAGGUGGCCAUUUUACGUGUGUUAUUUUACGUUUUUUCCCCAUAACUUGAAAAGUAGUGGAGCGAUUUUGUUCAUAUUUGAUAUGCGAAUACUAUAUUGCAUGGCACCCUGUCUAUUGACACUUUGGUUUUUGGGUUUUUGGCCACCAUUUUUACGUGUUUUAUUUUAAGUUUUUUACUAUAACACGAAAAGUAAUAGAGCAAUUUUGUUCAUAUUUGAUAUGUGAAUACUCAUGAGCCUGGCACACUGUCUCAUGACAUUUUGGGUAGUAAGCGGUCAUUUUGAGAAAUGGCUGCCAUUUUUACGUGUGUUAUUUUACGUUUUUACUUUAACUGAAAAGUAGUGGAGCGAUUUUGUUCAUAUUUGAUAUGUGAAUACUCAUAAGCAUGGCACAAUAUCUUAUGACACUUCGGCUAAUAGGAGGCAAUUUUUCAAAAUGGCUGCCAUUUACAUGUACAUGCGUGCGAUUUUGUUGAAAUUUUAUAUGUGCCUUUCUAGAAGCAAUUGUCCUUUUGACAAUUUGGCAACUUAGCGAGCAUUUUGAAAAUGGUAGCCAUUUUUAUGUGUGUUUAUGUACGAUUCUUGCUAUAACUGAAAAAGUAGUAGAAGGAUUUUGUAAAAAUGGCAGCCAUGGCUGUUCGAUGGGAUUCGCUACGUUUUGGCGUUGCUGUUGUCUAGUUGCAAUAUAAUAUCAAUACAACGUUAAAUUAAACUGUUCUAUAAUAUUUACAUCUGUUUGAUAAGUUCUACCUACACAAUUGUAUUUUAAAUAUAAUUACAACAUAUUGUACACAUACUCUCAUAUAUGAGAAUCGUGUAGUUUGGAAAUUAAUAAAAGUUGUUCCUUGAUACAACAUAGAAUAA